GAUCAACAAGAAAUAACAUCUGUUUAGGUACAGUCAUGAAAUGGGAUAUUCUUGAUUUCUCUCUUUUGUCGUCUGUGUACUAAACAGAUAGAAACCCCGCUGCUCUGUGGAAGAAAUAGACCUGUCAUGCCAUUUCAAUGGGCGCUUGUAGUUGACUAUAUGUUCGUAAAGGCUGGAUGGAUACAUUUUUCUUGUUCGGAUGAUUUUGAAGUACCUGUUUGGCACUUUGCAAAAGCUAUGAAAUAGAAAUAUACAAGAGACAUCUGGCCAAUGCCUGCUUCGGUCAACUGAAUGUAUCAAGAUUAAAUGAAUAUAUAAAUGUUACCGUGUCUUGUUUGAUGAUUUUGAAGUGCUUCUAUAACAUGUCAUCGGGCUCUGCGUUGAUCUUUGUGAUUGUCAAUAUUCUAUGGCUUUAGGAUUGGUGAAGAUUCUGAAGAAGUAUGACAAGAGAAGCGGUGCUCUACUUCGAGUGCCUUUCAUUCGAAUGGUCAUGCAGCAGCCUUUCUUCACGACUCAUGUGCUUAACAUGCUUGUGAAGGAAUGCGAGGCGACACUCGACGUCCUCUUCCCCAGGAACGAACCACCAACGUCAUCGGUAGUCCCACCGGAACCCUCUGGUGGGGAAGCGACGACAGCCACACCUGAGGAGAGGUUGUUAAGGGUGCCGAACGAGCUAAACGAGAUCGAGAAUAUGGAGAGCAUGUACAUGAAGCAGACAUUGUCAGCAUUGCGUGUGUUGAAAGAGAUAAGAAGUGGGAGCUCGACGGUGAACAUGUUCUCAUUGCCACCCUUGCAGAGCCAUGCCGCGCUGGAGGAAGAUUGGAAGAAGCUCUCCGUGUUGGAACAAGCUGCCAAGUAGGGUGUGAUUACAGUGUUAUAAUUAAUUUGCAUUGCAGACGUUUGGAAAGCAUUUCUGAUUCUAUAGACGUUUUUGCUUUACCUGACUUGCUGUGUAUAUCGUCUUGUGUUUUCUUCCCGGAGCUUGUGGAAUUUUAACAGUUUCUAUACUUGCAGAAGUUGAACCCAUGUAUUACUCUGGUAUUGAUCAGUGUGAGGUCAAAUAGGCGUGACUUUAGGUUAAGCUAUAAUAACACCAUUGUGAAUUGAGCAUUCUUAAAAUUCUGAGGGAAUCAUUGUAACAUUACUCUGGUUCUGAUCAACGAGUUAUGGCCUGAUUGGCAGAUAUGGUGUUGUAUCACAAAGUUAGGUUAACGUAUAAUUGUAAAAUGAUGGAUGGAAAUCUAUUAAUUGUGAAGCAGUAUUAGAGAUUAUAUCCGAUACAUAAUCCGAUACUUUUAGUGCAUGUAAAACAUACAGCAAAAAAAUGAUUACAUUAACA